AUGGCUCUGAGACGAGAGUUCAAGGCAAAGUUAAAAAACCCGGGGAAGGGACUUGGAGGGGUAGGAACCUCUCCCUUGGGGGUAAGGAUAGCCCGGGGACCCUCUCCUUCCCGCAAGGAGGUCCAGCCCCUGGAUGACCGAACAAAAUCAAGCUGUCUGCAGAGAGCAAUGAGUGGAAGAGCAUGGGGGCCAAACACGAAGGCCCCAGCUUGCAGCAAGGGAUGCCACAAAACCCAUGAGGGUAAAGACAACCCUCCUCGCUACAGGCAGAGGCAUUGCAUCAGGGGAGCACUAGCACGGCCCUGGGGGAAGGACAGUGCACAUAGGGAAGAGGCAAUGAGCUUUCUGACAGAUAGCCCAAGUUUGGGAGGGGUAGCCCCUAAUCCAGAUAAACAUAGAGCCCAAAAUUUCUUAGGAGGAAAUGCCCGGGCCCUAAGGAAAGGCCCCGGUGAAACCAGAACUUCGCAAAUUCCCCAAACAAGCAACAGCAAGCCCCCCCUCAUCUCAUUAUCCUCCAAGCACCAGCGCCCCCCUCCAAAUCCUUACCUCCAUCCAUGGUUCGGAUUUUUCCCACACUGGCAUUGCCCCCCUGCACCCUACCCUGACCGUGGGGUCCUUUGCCCUCAGGUUAGCCGGGGCACCACCGUUUUCCAGGGGGAGAAGUCCCUGCACGGGGGCGCCACGAUGGCGCCGGACAGGGACCUUUACCGCUCCCAACUCCCGUUAGCCCAGUGGUUUGCAGCCGGGGGCGGGGGCCUCGCCGACCCACUUUGGGGAGGGUUCUUUAUUCCUUCUAACCGGGCCGCUGUCGGUUUCCCCUGGGGAAGUAGCUCCCGGGCCUCCCCCCCGUCACCGCACCUCCCGGCGAUCACGGGUUUCCCUUUUGUCGGGCUUGGGCCGUCGCUCCUCCACCCGCCCUUAUCCCGGAGCUUCUCCGGGGGGUUCCCCGAGGGAGCUCCCCCGGGGGGUUCCGGCGGCAGCUCUCCCGGGGGGUCCUGGCAGGCAGCUCCCGGGGGGUCUCGGCAGGCAGCUCCCCCGGGAAGUCCUCGGCGGCACCCGGGAGGUCCUGGCAGCAGUCCUCCGAUUCCCCGGCAGGCAGCUCCCCGCAAGCCUCGGCAGGGAGUCCCCGGAAAAAUCCUCGGCAGGCAGCUCCCGGCAUCCUCGGCAGGAGUCCCCGGCAUAUUCGGAGGAAAUCCUCCGGCAAUCCCCGGAGGCAGCCCUCCCAUAUCCUCGGAGGCGCUCCUCCGGGAAGUCCUCGGCGGCAGCCCCCCGGCAAGUCUUCGGGGCGCUCCUCCCGGCAAGUCCUCGGCAGCAGCUUCCGGAAGUCCUCGGCAGGCAGCUCCUCCGGCAUAUCCUCGGAGGCAGUCCUCCGGGAAAACCUCGGAGGCAUCCCGGGAUAUCCUCGGCAGGCGCUCCUCCCCGGGGAAGUCCGGCAGGCAGUCCUCCGGAAGUCUUCGGCAGGAAAUCCCCGGGAAGUCCUCGGCGGCAGCUCCCCCGGCAAGUCCCCGGCAGGGAGCUCCUCCCGGGAUAUCCUCGGCAGGGAGUCCUCCGGAUAUCCUCGGCGGGGCUCCUCCGGUAUACUGGAGGCAGUCCCCCGGGUAUCCCCCGGCAGGCAGUCCUCCGGCAUAUCCCGGCAGGCAGUCCCCCGGGGAUAUCCUCGGGAGCAGCCCUCCGGCAUGUCUCGAGCAGCUCCUCCGGAUGUCCCGGCAGAGCUCCUCGGCGUCGUUCCCCCCAGCCCCUUGGGGGCACCCCCGCGAAGGUCGUUCGGUGCAUGCAUCACCCACAGUUGCUUCCGCGCGUCCCGGCAGGAGUUCUUUUUGCGCGUCCCCCGGGGGCAGUUUCCUGUGGCCCGGCGGGGAGUUUUUCCCCGGCGUCCCGGGGGAGGCGUUCCCCCGGGGGAAGGGGACGAUCACCCGGGGCGUUGGGCAGGCGAGACUCAUCCGGGCGUCCUGGGGGGCAGGCGAGAUCAUCCGGGGUCCUGGGCAGGCGACACCAUCCGGUGGUCCCGGGCAGGCGACGACUCACCGGGCGUCCCGGGGAGGCGAGAAUCAUCCCGGGGCUCCUGGGCAGGCGACGAUCAUCGGUGCGUCCCGGGCAGGCGACGACUCACGGCGCGUCCCGGGCAGGCGACGACUCAUCCCGGGGCGUCCCGGGCAGGGACGACUCACCGGCGCGUCCGGGGAGGCGACGAUCAUCCGGCGCCCGGGCAGGGGGACGGGCUCACCGGUGCGUCCUGGGCAGGCGAGACCACCGGCGCGUCCCCGGCAAGCACGACUCAUCCCGGGGCGCCGGGGAAGCGACGAUCAUCCCCGGGGGUCCGGGGAGGUAGCCCCUUCGACAGCCCGAUGCUCACCAUCUCCUGGGCAUGCAUCCCCGCCAAUGGUCGUUCGGGUGCACAUCUCGCACCCACCCGUUUUCCAAACGGACAUAACGGGGUUCCCCCGCGACGGGUUUGGGCAGACGGAACGCUCCCGGUGCGACUCUGUGGACAGGUCCUUGGCCAGCGUUUCUCCGGGGCUUGAGUUUCCCGGACGACGUGCCCCUCGCAUCACCUUCCCUUCACGGCCUCAUGGGCCGUUUUUCCGACCCUUGACCUGGGAAGGGCCCAAUGUCAGUUUUCAAGGGGAAAUUGUCCCCCACCGGGAGAAGGCCAAUCACGGGUACCUGGGACCGCCCCACUUUGACCCAGUAAACAUCGCGGAAAGGGCGGGUAUGUUUGGGAAGGCGACAAUCACAGGAAGCUACUGCGCCCCCCAGCUCCCGAGAAAAUCGUCAGAAGGACAGCAGUGCCCAAGAUGA